UAUUUUCAAAUAUUGCGUCUUCUUGACUUAGUGGCGACUGCACGUCUAAAUUAAUGCGGCCAGGUUUUUGUUCCCCCGGUUGUACGGGAUCUGUAACGCACAUUCUUCGUAACGUGUUUGCAAUAGUCUUUUUUUAAAGCUCAACUAGGUAUAAUUAGUUAGACAACAAUGACACACAUACGCGCGUAUUUAAAAAAAAAUCUUUAACAUAGACACGGGCAGUGGAGUAGUUUCGAUUGAAAAUUAUACUAUGCCGUCGAAUUGUUGAAUCAACGCGUAGAGACGUAGAAACACAUACGCGCGAAAAGUACCGUUUGUCAAAACGGUCGGUCGCGAGUGCGACGAUAAUUUGCAACGUAAACGUCGCGAUACAGUUAGUUUCAAGUCGGUUACGAGUUUUACCGUCGAUGCUCGUUUGUGGAGAAAAUACGAAAUUCUAUUACGGAAAACUGAUGCUCCCAAAGCGUCAUAAAAAGUAUCGAGAUCGAUCAAUUUUUACGCGAUGGACGAGUAGAAAAUGAGAGCAUUAGCGAAUUAAUAGGUCAAACCAUGCGAAAUCGGCCGUUUUUCGAACAUCUUGGAUGUUGCUGGAACUUUGAUACAUUAUGAUCUUUAGCGAUAUUUAAACGUAUCUCGAAAACAUUUUGAAACUUUCAAUAAAGUUAGUAUUAACUAAUUCAUCCUCGAAAAAUAAUAACCGUGUCGUCAACAAACGAAUAACAAAAAAUUAAAAUUUUUUAAUUUUUUCUGCAAUUGUUUAAAACAAGUACGAUUUUUUAAUAGCAAAACAGAGUCGAAAGAUUCGAACUAAACCAGGAUACAGUUAUAUUUGUCUUCUUUAUGGCCGGUUUUAAAAAAUACGGAUACUUUUAAAAUUGAUACAGGUUAACAUUAUAUCGCACAUGAUGCGUGUUAAAUAAGAUACUUAUAGUAACAAACUGUAAGAUAUAAUAAAUGUAUAACUAUUAGAAUGACCUAGUGCUUGGACAGCUGAAGCAGUGGGAUCCAAUGUCCCAAUUCUACUGCCCCAAUAGACGAAUACGAACAUUAAUAUUUUGGAAUAUACUUCGUAUGUGUAAUGCGUCGCGCAUGAGAAUAUGAAAUUAAUGCUUCCUGGUAACAAAUGGCUAAAAUUAAUUCUUAACUUCUCUCAUUUUCCAUAUAGAUACAAAGAGUUGUUACGAGCAUAUGCGUUGCAAGGUAUACAGUAGAACUUUGAUUAUUGCAUGAAAGUCUCGUUCGUUGUAUGCUUUUGACGAGUGAAGGAAAUGAUUGUUAAUCAACAAGUAAAAUUAGGAUAGUAGCUGGGAUAGGAUGUGUAGAGUUACUACUCGUUGGAUUCGUUAUCUCGAUUAUUGCAAGAAAUGGGGGUUAAAAAGUCCUGCAUUAAUCAAGAUAACCAACCUAAGUUAUUAUAUUUGACGUCGACGUUUCGAAAAAUAAAAUGUCGUAUUUACAAAGACGAGGAGAAAGUUUUCAAAUAAUUCCGCGUUAAUGUUGACUUUAUAUUCACCGUUGAAACAGGAAACGUUUACGACACGAUUCGAUUCGGACAAACAUUCUAAGGCCAAAUGCAUACGAGCGGUGUGUACCCAUUGCGUUUCUGUUUUUCCUUAUUUUGCAAUUAAAUCAACACAGACUGACAAGAACAACAUUCCUAUGUUUGUCUUGGUUGUUUUCAAGACCAAAACAAGGAAAAAUGUAGAAACGCAACAGCAACGCACCGUUCGUGUUCAUCUAGCCUUAUAGAGUCGAUAUUUUGAUUCACGAUCGUAUGUCUUUUCUUGUUUUUCCAAUUUAAAACAACGAACAAUGAUGUACAUUCUUCCGGCAAAGUACGACGUGCUUUUGUCUGAAGAAAAUCGUGUCGUAAACGAUUCGUGUUUACUGCAAUUACAAAUACUUUUUACAUUAAUACGAUGUGUAGGUUGCCAGCUAGAUUACGAUUCAAACAGGACCGAUUUUCCCACCGAUACGACGUCGAUUUGAAAUAUGGGGGGAAAUCAUUUCCGAAUACAUUUUCACGCUUCGUUGAUGGAUCAACGAUUUUGCACGCUCUGUGGUAAAAUCGCGAACCAGCGAGAAGAAAAUUGUCGAGAAAUGCAGACGAGAAAAUCCGGGGUUGGAAACUGACAGUUUAAAUGUGUUUGGCUGAGAAAAUAAGGGAAUGGGCGAUAUUUAGCGGCGAAACGAAAGAUUAAAGCACACCACGGAGCGUACGAAAAACGGACAAAAGCGUACGAUUCACGCUUUGUUGGACAAAAGAGACGGGACAACUAGAAACAGCGACAAAGUAGAGUGCGAGUAAAUGGAAAGACAGAGGGAACGAAAAGCAGAGAAUGAGGGAUGUCUGUAAAGCGAAAAUAAAGGUAGGAAGAAAGGCAGAUAAUAUAGGCGUAGUGCGACGGGUCGGGAGUGACAUAACGGAUUACAGUGCACAGAGAGAACAUGAAUAUGAAAGGAAUAAAGACAACGUGAAAGAUAGGAAAGAGACGUUUAAAAAGAAAAGCAACACUCGAUCGGGAUAAAUGAAAAGCGAGAUACGUAGUGAAGUAAUACUCGAUCGAAACAGGAAAAAAGAGAAAGGCGAGUCGCGAGAAGGACAAGGAUAUCACCGAGUGGAUGGCGGUGGAAAGGCGGAGAGGAGAAGAGAGGGGAGAAUAAGAGCGGAACGUGUAAAACUGGAGUUUAGGAUAAGCGCGAUAGCGAGUGAAGUUGUGAAAGCAAAAGGGAAGGUGAAUUACCCUGGAGUCCGAUGUUCAGAGUCGCACGAUGGCUGGGGCUCUGUCCGAGAAUGCCCCGAGACCCGUCAGUGUCGUCACAGUAGGCGGUGCAACCAUCGAUAAUGCUAGGAACAAUCACCUCAUCAGACCGCAGGAGUCGCGAGAGAAUGCGCGAUCUUUUACUUCGACGGAGGCGCAGACGGAACUGGCUCUCCAGAGCGGUCUGGAAGCACUGGAGGAACUGGACGGUAUACGAGGUGCUCGUAGAAGAGAGAGACGGAUGCGCAGACAACACCGUCGUGCCUUGAGAUCUUGUUCGCUACCACCAUCGUAUCCUGGCACAUCACCGGGAUGCCAGCCUUCUACCGCGCCCGGAAUACCAUUGGUAACACCUCCAGGGGGAUUUCUGCACCCGCCGCCACCUCAUUUGGGUCUUAGGGGCCUUAGCCUUGGUCUACCUUUUCCGGUUUCGACUAGCGUCUCUGCUUUUGGCAGGGACGCUGUACCGAAGCAAUGUUGCGGCCUCGGCUCCCCUCCUGUACGUUGGUCCAUCCUGGGCGUCGGAGUAGUGGGUCUCGUAUGCGCGGGUGCUGGCGCUCUGCUAGGGGCUCUCAGAGCUUCGGGUCGGGAUCACAUUGCCGUAGCGCUUCUCAUGAUCGGUAUAGGAGUGGUUCUGGUAACUGUGAGCGCUGUAGCGUGGCGAGUGACCAGUCGAGAAAAUUGUAGUAGUUUCUUUGGUUUCACGGGGAUCUCGGGCAGGAUCCCGCCAGCAAGGCCAAUUCAUCCGUACGCUGCUAUGAUUUAUCCGGAAUUUCAGUUUAGAACACCACCACCAAGUUAUCAGGCGAGUAUGCAGGAGUAUAGGCUUCGACUAUUGCUUCUGGAUCGUUUGCAACCAACGUCCUCGCCUCCGCCGACCUACAGGUCCAAUGCUGGUAGUAUCGUGACUCCCGGCACAACUCGAGAAAGCAGACCACCGAGUUAUUGCGCUAGAUCGAACGUUGCUUCGAAUACGAAUGUCGCACCUUCGAAGAAGGACGCGAACUUGGUCAGGAUCGUUCAGACUGAAUCGGAACCCGUGAUUUUGAGCGGGGAUCAAACGCCUCCGGUUGCCGCUGUCGAGGUACUCGCGCACCUCUGAUUAUUGUUCCGUUAUAAUCACAGUGUUGUUCAUUUUUCAUCGUUUGUCGCAGAAACAGACUGUCGACCGAUCGUACAGAUUUUCGAAAAGAAAUUACUUAUCUACUGGGAAAUAUAAUUGUAUCUUUUUACGCUUCCUCGAUACGCACGGUUACCGAAUAUUAACUUCGAUUAUUUUAGACAUACGAGUCAGGAAAUUUCUAAGCGAUUUCGAACCGCCGAAAAAUGAUCAAAAGUCGCAGAUAAACAAUAUACUAAUAAUUGGUCAUUUCUACUUUUUACGGUAUGAAAUUUACUACGGAUAAAAAUGUCAGUAAACACGAAUGUACCAAUAUGUGGUUAACCAAAUGCGACUGUUCUAGCAUUCAGAUUUCGAUGUCCCAGUACCUAGCCAUAACUUUUGCAUUCUAUUAAGAAUCGUAUUAAUAGAAGAAAUUUUGUUUUGCAAAGCAAAAGUGAGAUAAUAGUUAAUAAAAUAUGUUAGAAAAGUUAAAAAAUAUGAUAAUA